UCUCCCACCUCCACGACAAUGGCGAUUCUCUCCAGGCAGACCCCAACUCGCUCCCCCUCCUUCAUCCCUCGCUACGUCCUUAUCUUGGCCUUCAUCUCCCUCGCCCUCCUCCUCCUCUUCGAGGUAGAUAACCUGAUUUCGAGGACGAAAACCAUCGUGGGGCACAAUUUAGAGCCCACGCCAUGGCAUGUGUUCCCGGCUAAAGACUUCGAUGACGAAUCGACCUAUUCCAGAGCUUCCAAAAUCCUGCAAUGCUCUUAUCUAACCUGCAGCACCCGGGCGGCGAACACCACCGCCGCCACCACCCCGACCAUCAACCCCACCACGGACAUUCUAGGAGGGAGUACCACGAUCAGUAGCAUCUACGAUGACCCGAAAAUAAUCCGUGAAUCCCCGCAAUGCCCAGAUUUCUACAAAUACAUAUACUAUGAUCUGAAGCCGUGGGCGAAGUCCAGGAUUUCACGGGCUCAUGUCACGGAAGCCCAGAAGUCCGCGGCGUUCCGGGUGGUGAUCGUGCAGGGGAAAUUGUAUGUGGAUUUUUACUUUGCUUGUGUGCAGAGCCGAGCAAUGUUUACCAUUUGGGGCCUCCUGCAGCUGCUUAGGAGAUAUCCCGGCCUGAUUCCCGAUGUGGAUCUCAUGUUUGAUUGUAUGGAUAAGCCCACCAUUAAUCGAACCGAGAAUGCAGAGAUGCCAUUGCCAAUCUUCCGCUAUUGCACCACCCCCCAACAUUUCGAUAUUCCCUUUCCAGAUUGGUCUUUCUGGGGCUGGUCGGAGAUUAACAUAGGACCAUGGGAUGAAGAGUUUUAUAACAUUAAACAAGGUUCAAGAUUGCGGAGUUGGGCAAGAAAAUGGCCAGUUGCUUACUGGAAAGGAAAUCCGGAUGUCAGUUCUCCAAUUCGCACCGAAUUGUUGCAAUGUAAUGACACUAGACUGUGGAGGGCACAGAUUUUUCGUCAGGACUGGGUAGAAGAAGCAAAGUCUGGUUUUGAGCAGUCCAAACUAUCCAAGCAGUGCCAGCAUCGGUAUAAGAUCUAUGCUGAGGGAUAUGCAUGGUCUGUAAGCUUGAAAUACAUUCUUGCAUGUGGUUCUGUUCCACUUAUAAUAACACCAGAAUACGAAGAUUUCUUUAGUCGCGGUCUCAUUCCAAAGCAACACUAUUGGCCCAUUCCUACAUUUGAUAUGUGCCGAGCUAUAAAAAUGGGUGUUGAGUGGGGCAAUGAACAUCCGUACGAGGCUGCAGAAAUAGGAAAAGCAGCACAAGAAUUCAUGGGAAAUCUGAGCAUGGAUCGGAUCUACGACUACAUGUAUCAUCUGAUCAGGGAGUAUGCAAAGCUGCAGGAUUUCGUGCCAGUUCCACCAUCCUCAGCUCAAGAGGUGUGUCUGGAUUCUGUGCUUUGUUUUGCUGAUGGAAAGCAGAGGGAAUUCCUGGAAAGGACAACCGCCUUCCCUUCUUCAUCCCCGCCUUGCACUCUUCCCUCUGCAGAUAUGAAACUUCUCAAGAAGGCUAUGAAAAAGAAGAGAAAAAUUAUUGACAAUUUACCACUUUGGUAGCUACUACCUAGCUAACUCCACAUACAAACCUUACUUACACCGGCUAUGGUAGAGACUAGAGAGUAGAGACUGCUCAUACUCGAUCCACAUUUUCAUAAUUUCUGUUCCUCCAUCUAUUGUUAUGUUCAAACUCAAACAUUUUACUUUUGAGGAAAAUCAAUAUUUUUUCCCCACUCAAUUACACACAUUAUAUGUGUGAAGAGUAGUUCUUUAAUUUAUUGAGUAAUUAGGCAUCCAUAAUGUAAGGACUUGUAUGUACAUCACAAUGAAACUAAGGAUGUGUUUGGUUC